AUGGCAGAAAGCAGGACGUCUUCAAUAAAAGAACAUAUACAAAGCGAUAUAAGUAUUGAUAAAUCCUCUAAUGAAAAAUGUGAAGUUAUAGUGAGGGAGAAAUCUAAGUGGCAGGACCCUGGUUACUUUAAAAAUUCAUUCCAAGAAUAUCUUUUCGUUGGAUCAUGCAUGACUACUCAAUUAUUGAAUCAAGCUACUACACCACAAACUUUAAGUAUAAUGAAUGUGCUAUCUGAUUCCUUUAAUUCCUCACGCUCUAAUCAAACGUGGCUGGUAGCAUCAUUUCCUCUUGUAGCGGGAUCUUUCAUUUUGAUUAGUGGGAGAAUUGGCGACAUUUAUGGUCUUAAAAAAACUCUAAUUGGGGGUUACAUAUUUUUAAUCAUUUGGUCACUAAUUUGUGGAUUUACCUACUAUUCAAAGAGUGAUACAUUUCUUAUAAUUGCAAGGGCCUUCCAAGGUCUUGGAAUUGCAUUCACUCUACCGAAUGUUGUGGGUACUAUAGGAAACAUUUAUCACGUAGGGUCUCUUCGAAAAAACAUGGUCAUUAGUCUAAUAGCUGCCUCUGCACCUGUCGGUGCAGCAAUUGGAGGUGCUUUUGCUGGUUUAAUUGUCACCGAAAGCCCCAGUCAAUGGCCAUGGUCUUUUUAUGCAUUUGCAAUUGCUUGUUCUUUCAAUCUGCUAAUUUCCAUUUACAGUAUACCUAGCAAUAUCCCAACAAAUGUUAAUGGAUUUAAGAUGGAUUGGAUUGGAUCAGCUUUAAUUGUAACAGGUCUAAUUUUAUUUAAUUUUGCCUGGAAUCAGGGACCUAUAGUUGGCUGGGACAUAGCAUAUAUCAUUGUGCUUCUGAUUAUUUCUGUCAUAUUUAUACUUGCAUUUUUAACUUAUGAGAUCAAUUUUGCCCCCUCACCAUUAAUAGCCAGGGAAAUAACCCAUAGUAGAAACAUGAUUAUAACAAUUUUCACUCUUUUCCUAGGAUGGGGCUCCUAUGGCAUUUGGUCAUUCUAUUACUUUUCCUUCGUCCUGAAUCUAAGACACUAUUCUCCAGUAUGGGCAGGUGGUUCAUACUUUAUCUUCGGCAUCUUUGGGGUACUUGCAUCUGCUUUCGUUGGAAUAUCAAUCAAAAAAAUUACGGCCCCAGUUAUUUUAUUAUUCUCAAUGGUUUUAUUUUGUGUUGGUACAACGCUAUUGAGUGUAGCACCUGUCGAUCAAUCAUAUUUCAAGCUCACAUUAGCGGGUAUGGCUAUUUUAGGUGUCGGCCUAGAUACAUCAUUUCCAGCAGCAACUAUUAUUCUGAGUGAUGGACUACCUAUGGAGUAUCAAGGUAUGGCCGGUUCUCUGGCGCUCACCAUGGUCAAUUAUUCCAUGUCAUUAUGCCUAGGUAUGGGCAAUACUGUCGAACGCCAAAUAAACAAAGACGGUCAAGACGUGUUAAAAGGUUAUAGAAGUGCCGAAUAUUUGGGUAUUGGCUUGUCCGGAUUGGGACUAUUAUUGGCUUGCAUACUUGUCAUUGAUAAAUUAGUGGCAAAAUAUAGAAACAAAAAUAGCAUAAAAAAUAGUGCAUAA